UCAGUAUUUAUUCGAUUGGCGGCGGUAGCGGGCGGUUCCCGCGUUGCGUUAGCCAAACACGUAAAUUGACCUAAGAAUAUUUUUUAGUUUAAUCCCGUGUUCAAUAUUUUUCCGUAUCGUUAAAAAAAAAAACUCGCAAUUGAAGAACCCUUUUUAUUGAGUUUUUUGAACGGCCCAACGGGAAGAGUUUCAUGUGCAUUAUUGUUUUUGUGUUGCGUUAAGUUAUGCAGGUACAGGACAUGAUAAGCUGAGAGCGAGUUGGUAGAGAAAGAAUGGAAUCGCGGAGUGCAUCACGAGCGCUGGGACGAGCUCAUCUCUCUCACCUGCCGCAGCGACCUCUAGUAAACAUCACAUUUCAAGACCUCACAUACACCGUACAGGCUGGAAGAAGUUCAAAGAUAAUAUUGCGAAGCUUAAAUGGCGACUUUCGAUCGGGUCAGCUCACAGCCAUCCUUGGUCCUUCAGGAGCUGGGAAAAGCUCCUUACUGAAUAUUUUAGCGGGAUACAGGGUUAACGGGUCGACCGGCCUGAUCUCCACCAAUGGACUGCCUCGCGACCUUCGGCAAUUCCGGAAGAUGUCCCGGUACAUCAUGCAGGAGGAUUUACUGCAGCCCUUCAUCACUGUGCUGGAGGCAAUGUCGAUGGCCGCAGACCUGAAGCUCGGGUCCGGGGUGGCGAAAGAGACAAAAGCCGUUGUGGUGGAAGAAAUAAUUCAGCUGUUGAGACUCGGCAAAGCCAGGAACACAGCCACCGAGAGACUGUCGGGAGGGGAGAGAAAACGAUUAUCUAUUGGCCUGGAGCUGCUUAACAACCCGCCUGUAAUUUUCCUAGACGAACCCACAACGGGCCUGGAUGAUGUGGCUUCAUCAACCUGUGUCUCCCUUCUGAAGCGCGUGGCGCGUGGAGGCAGAACCGUCAUAUGCUCUCUGCACACCCCGUCAGCGCGACUCUUCGCGGAGUUCGACCACGUCUACGUAGUGGCUGACGGGAGAUGUGCUUACCAGGGAACUUCUGCUGGAGUGGUUCCAUUCCUCAACGACCUACAGUUACCUUGUCCGAAGACGUAUAAUCCUGCUGAUUUUAUUAUCGAAGUAUCCAGCGGAGAAUAUGGGUCUCACACUGAACGGAUGGUGGCUGCAAUCGAGAAUGGAAAGAGCGAGAAAUGGAGGGAUUAUGCAGUGGUGGAAACUCUCGAAGAAAUGGAGAUAGAACAGCUGAACACGGGAGGCGUGGAGAAGCAUAACUACAAGCACGGAAGUACAGCGUUCCAGCAGUUCUUUGUGUUGCUAAAGAGAAUGCUUUUACAGACGUUGAGAAACAAGAACUAUCUGUGGUUGCGAGUGGGCCUCCAUUUGUUCUUAGGUAUAAUUGUGGCCAUGCUGUUCAAUAAGAUGGGAUACGACGCGUCCAAAACGUUGUUCAACUUCGGUUUCUGUUACGCCUGUGUGAUCGCCAUGCUCUAUAUACCAAUGAUGCCUGUUCUUUUAGCAUUUCCAACUGAGGUUCAACUGGUGAAGAGAGAGUAUUUCAAUCGCUGGUACGGACUGAAGCCGUACUACGCGGCGCUGGUCGUCUCCCGUACUCCUGCCACGAUAUUCUUCAGUCUGAUAUACCUGGUCAUCGCGUAUCCUGUCACGUCCCAACCACUCGAGGUCGCCAGGAUCUUGAUGUUCACGGCUAUUUGUAUCCUAGUGGCUUUGAUAUCGGAGUCGAUGGGGACUGUCAUAUCUUCUAUGCUAAGUGUCGUGAAUUCGGUGUUCCUGGGCCCGGCGAUCAGCGUGCCCCUUAUGCUUCUAGCAGUGUACGGGAUAGGCAGUGGCGACGACCCCCUGCCUAUAGUGUGGAGGCUCGCGAGGGCUUGCUCCUUCCUGAGAUAUGGAAUAGAGGGUCUGGUGGCCGCAAUAUAUGGACCUCCGCGGGACGACCUUAUAUGCCCCAGCCAUGUCGAUAUAUGCGAGUAUAAGAACGUUAGGUAUUUUGUGAAGAUAAUGGGUAUGUCAGGAGUGUCGUUCUGGGUGGAUUUCGGCAUUUUAACUGGCAUGCUUCUCGGCAUGAACCUGGCCGGUUACUACUUGCUCCGGCAAAGGCUGUCCCCUAAUUACGCGUUCAGAGCCAUCAAGGUCAUAGGCAAUUUUGUAAAGACCAAAAUGAGCGCUGCUAGCGGAUGACGUAAAAUAGAUAAAGUUCGGUUUGAUAGAGAUGUUACGUGUUUUCCCUAGCGGCUUAGUGGUGUCGCACGAGUAGGUUCGAUACUGGGCAUGUCCUGAGUGACUACUCAUGUCUGUUUCAGAGGACCAACUACCGUCAGCCUGCCUAAGCUAGUGGAAAUAGUUUUAGUACUCUAAUAUAAUUUUUUUAAGUUUCUUCAAUCAUUAUUCCCGCAUUUAAUCGUUAGACGUGCCAAGCUUAUAUUCAUGUAUUAUAAUUGACGAAUGAAGAAAAAAAAGGUAUUUUAAUACGUAUAAAGUUAACUUUAAAAAAAGUUUUAUAGUAUUGUCUGUCAUCUCUGUCAACGAGUAUUGUAAAGAUUACUUAACGGUGAGCAGCAAGUUGGCAUUGCUGACGUCCAUGGGCGACGGUAACCACUUACCAUCAGGUAGGCCGUAUUCCCGUCUGUCUACAAAGGUAGUUAAAAAAAACAUUGUACUUUAGAUACUGUUAUACAAAGUGCUAUUAUUAUCAUGUUCCGAACAAUGGAAAUAAAUUAAAAAUGUAAUCGAAAUUGAACAUAAUUUAUUGUGACGCAAAAUAUUAAGGAGGGUAGGGUAAUAUUAUUAAUAAACGUUCAACAUUAUAUUCUUAGAAAAUAUCUCAAAAUUUCCGUGAGACGGUCUCUGAAUUAUUAAGUUUCAUUGAUCGAUUUCUUGAUGAUUGAUUGGUGAUUAUAGUCCUCAAUCUGUAAACACAAUACAAGUAUGUAAGGACAAUAUACAUCUGUCGAGCCAGCGACGCCAGGUGGGGGGGAAAGUCCUCGAAUGGAGGCCACGGAUGGGUACAAGGAGCGUGGGGCGUCCUCCAACCCGGUGGACUGACGACUUAGUGCGCACGGCGGGAAGUCGUUGGAUGCGGAAGGCGGAGGACCGCAUUAUGUGGAAGGCAUUGGGGAAGGCCUAUGUCCAGCAGUGGGCAGAUAAAGGCUGAUGAUGAUGAUGAUGAUGAUGAAUACAAGUAAGUUAGUAAGUAAAAACUUAGCGUGUGUUUAAAUUUAAUGUCUAUCUCUAUUAACAUCAUUCCUUUGUAAGUAUAAUUUGUAACCAGAUUGUCAUCUUUGAUUAGUUCCCGUUUAUUUAUUUAUAUAUUUGUAUCAUCCCAGUGUGAUAAUCAUUGACCUUUGACUGUCACUAGGGUCACCGGUACCCUACGUAGCACACUGAAGUAAUUUAAGUCGAUUUCUGUUACUAAGGCGCCGGAAUAUCUAAUAGACUCUGGGAGAGACGAAUCCGAACGAUACUGAGAAUGAAUCACCCCAUAGACACAGCCCACUGAGCUUCUCGCCGGAUCUCCUCAGUGGGUCGCGUUUCCGAUCCGGUGGUAGAUUCUGCGAAAGACUGUUCUUGCUAGGGCCAGUGUUAGCAACUCUUCCGGUUUGAGCCCCGUGAGCUCACCUACAUGUUAGGGUGAAGCUGAAAUAGGCUCUCAAGGCUAUCAGCAUAGGUAGGUAUAAAAAAAAAGAAUGAAUCUAUUUCUAAGCGACUAAAAGACGAAAACUGAUAUUAACAAACCAAAGAAAGGCAAAGUUAGUCAAUCCAGGUGCUUAGUAACAGAAAUCGUCAUAAUUACUUGACUGCGCCGCGUAGGGCACCGGUGACCUACACGGCAGUCAAAAGGCUAAUUUUAAUAAAUAUAAUAAUACUUGAGUAGGACAUAUCUAGUGAUUUUUAAAAUCAAUGUAUUUAGUAUAGAAUACAAAUAAAAUUGCUUCGCGUGCGACUUGAUGCACGUGAAUGAAGUGAAACUUCUUUUUCGAUUUGUAGUAUCGUGGUUUUCUUCAUUUUUCGUCCUUAAAUCAGAUUGUUCUUGUAAUAGGAAAUGCUGUGUAUAAGAGGUGCGACAUCUUCAACAUAAUUUAUAUUAUAUAUAUUUUUAAUUAUAGAUAGAAAAAUAAAUAUUUGUAUAUUUUUAUUUACUUCAUUAAAAUAUGGGACGCUACUCGUUGUUAACAAUCGCGCUGGCCUGUAACAGGUAUACGACGCGCAUGCGUUCGAGUGCCACGCAUUCACUUCUGCUCUGUCUCUUUCUAUAGUAGACUUAUUUUGUCCGUCCAGUUUAGGUCAUAAAACAUAGCCCGGCUAGGGCGGUGCGCAUGUUGCGCGGGCGCAACGUCAUUAUCGAUAAAAACAAAUGAGUCAUCGAAGGCAGGUACACGGCGGCGGGGUGGUAUACGAAGGGUGGUGAGACAUUGUUGUGUUAUGAGUCAUUUGUACUUACCUGUAAAUUAUAGUACAUUAUGUCGAAGAGAAAUGUGUUUUUAUGCAUUCGUUCUCUGAAUUUCUUUAGUGACACAAUGGCUACUCCUUUGUUUUGUAUCAAAACGGCAGAAUUUAUUCAAAAUAAUAUUUGCACGUGUUGUUAUCAAUAAUGUGUUAAAUUUUUUAACUGAAAUAAGAAUAGAUCCCGAAAAGUUACAAAGUGCUAAUUUCUGCCGUUCUCGUUAACUUGCGGCGAAAUGUGGUGUAAGUGUUCGAUUAGUGAUUUUUUCAUUCAUUUUUAUCACUAACCCACAAAAUGACAAAACUAAAUACACUAUCGGUUUAUCGACAAAAAUAAUGCGCAUCAGUAUGCCCGUCCAUAAGGCUCGUGAGUGGAAGAGAGAGCGAAAUACUCGCUUCACCGCUCCGACUUUUUAUGACCCAAACUGCACGGACAAAAUAAUUCUACUAUAGUACGGUAGCGUUAAACGCAAUCUUGUUGGAAGUCGCGUUAGAAGUUUCACUUCAAUAGAUUUAAUACGAGUUUCGAAUCAUUUGAAACAGCUUGGGAAGUUUAAGAUAAGUAAUAUUAGUGGAGAUUGGGAAAGACAUGUCUGUCUCUUUUCCGCAUAUUGUUAGCGCACUCGGACAUUGACGUCAUAAUGGUAUUCUGAAUAUUUUAUAUUUAUUUCGCUUUAAGCGGCUGUGUUUAAUAGCUAUUAGUGUUUUAUGAAGGAAGCAAAAUAUUACGACGCAAAUCGAAAGAAAAACUGUUUUUUUUUUGUUAAUCUUAGUCAUUAUAUUCGGUUUUGUUUGGAUAAGGUUAAAUUUAAGACUGACGUUUUUUUCAUAUUCACAUAUGAUAACAUAUUGGAUUGUAAAAAUAAUAUUGUGAUUUGAGAAUGUAAUAUAAUAAUAAAUUGAGUGUGAAAUUUUA